CAGUGUCUUGGAUGCUACAGACAGGUGUACAUCAUGUAUUUUCAUGUGUUCGCUGCCUUUUUUGUUACUACUGUCUCUGCAUCAACUUUACAACAUCAUGCUGAUGUCAAUAAUGAUGUGUUGAUGAAACUGGUUGAAAGACUGGACAAGCAAGAACAAGAGAUAGCAUUCCUGAAAAGGUUGGAGGUGGAGGUUGCUGCAGUAAAACAGGAAAACAAACAACUUAAGUCAGAUAUUCAGAAAAUCAAGUUGAAGCUUGAUGCACUAACUAUCACUUUUCCUGAGCGAAAUGAAACAAGCCUUCACCAUGGAAACCAUUUUAUUACCAAGCGACAAGUGCAGCAGGGAAACCUGGCAAGUUCAGGGUGUGUGCAAGGACCCCAGGGACCCCCUGGGAAAGAUGGAAAGGAUGGCAAGGAUGGGAAAGAUGGAAAAGAUGGAAUUCAGAACCCAGGUUUAACAGUAGAGAGUCUCAAGCAAAUCAUUGGACUCCUUGGAUAUCAGUCACCACUACAAGUUGGCAACUCCUCAAGGAGCAGUGUUCAGGGACCACCUGGAUUACCUGGGAGAGAUGGUAAAGAUGGCAGAGAUGGAAUACAGGGACCACCUGGACCUAAAGGGGACCCAGGAUCUCUAACAUUGGAUACCCUCAAACAAAUGCUGGGACAAAUUGGAGCUCAGAUAGGGGUGCCACCUACAGGUUCACCAGCCAAUACCAGUCAUGGUGGGGCAGUUUACACACGCUGGGGCAGAACAACUUGUUCAACACAUUCAAAACUUUUAUACAAAGGGAUAUCUGCUGGAUCCCAUUACAGCAAAUCUGGAGGAGGCAGUAAUUACCUGUGUUUACCACAGACACCAGAGUGGGGAAAAUACCAAGAUGGAGGGCAAGAUUUAGGUUCUUACAUACAUGGUGUGGAAUAUGAAUAUGUUAAGCCUAACAUAUUUUCAACAUCCAAUACAGGAGGUCAGAAUUUUUUCAACCAUGAUGCCCCCUGUGCUGUAUGCUACACCCAAACACGUCCCAGUCAUGUGAUGAUACCAGCCAAGAAGACAUGUCCAGCUGGGUGGACAACAGAGUACAAUGGAUACCUGGUAUCAAAUCACGAUGUAGAGCAGCGCUCAGAGUUUGUCUGCCUUGAUGAAGCUCCAGAAGUGGUAGCUGGAGGUCAUGAAAACAAAAAUGGUGCCUUGUUCUAUGCUGCUGAGGCUAAAUGUGGUUCUCUCCCCUGUCCACCAUAUGUGGAUGGAAGAGAAGUAUCCUGUGUUGUCUGCAGUAAAUAG